GGUUCAGUGGUGAAUCUCUUCUUCUUUGUUAAUUGAGAAUUGUUCCUGUAGCCAUUCGUGUACGCGCAAGAAUCAUGACUAGUUCCUCUGGUGCCGCUCGCAAGAAUCUCAGUAAGAUUGCCUGCAAUAGGCUCCAGAAAGAGCUCGUGGAGUGGCAGGUUAAUCCCCCAACUGGUUUCAAGCACAAAGUCACCGAUAAUCUCCAGAGGUGGGUUGUUGAAGUCACUGGAGCUCCCGGGACACUUUACGCCAAUGAGACCUACCAGCUUCAGGUCGAUUUUCCCGAGAAUUACCCUAUGGAAGCUCCCCAGGUCAUAUUCUUGCAUCCGGCUCCGCUGCAUCCCCAUAUCUACAGCAACGGCCAUAUUUGUUUAGAUGUAUCAGUAUGCCCAAGAAUGUCAUUGGACCACAAUAGUAAAUAUGGUAGGAGUGUUAUUUUAUGGCUGUGAAUUGUGAUGGUCUCCUAUAUAAACUAUUGUAUGCUAUAUAUGCCAGGAACAGAGAGAAGUCAGAAGUGUGGGUCCAUCCUGCUAAGUGUUUUUCAUUUUGGUGUUUCGGUGCCUUUGCAUCUUGUUUUGUUUUGGUGUUAGAAUGGAGCAAUUCUACUUUCCCAGCUGAUUUUAAAAUCUAAUAAUUUGUUGUUUCUGAUAAAAUGUAGACGACUCUGAACUGUGAUCCAUUCUUAAAUUGAUGUGAUUCUGAAGUACACAAAACAUUGAUAUAAUUCUGUGUAACAGACAUGAAACAAACGAUCCAAUAAUUUGUUCAUUUUUUAUGUUCCAAUUUUCAUGAGUCAUAAAAACUUCAGAGAAGCUCAAAUUCUCUAACGAAAAGAAAUUGAAUUAAGUGCACCUUAUUUAAUUACUCCAUUCCUAUGUUUUUCAUUCUUUUGAAAUAGGGGUUUCCCGUAGUCAUUAAACCACUUACGCACUCUAUUUGCUUUUUCUAUUUCUCCAUUAUCAAUCUUCUGCAAUAGAAGCCUGGCAGUCACCUGCUUACUCUCUAUGUUCCUUGUUUUGCUGCUUUGUUGCAUUGUAUUUGUUCUUUUGAACUAUAGGCUUCAAGUAGUACGGUCACUCUAUGAACCUCCUAAGGCUAAGGAGAUGAAGGAUGUUACCUCAGCUUUGAACUUUUUUCGCCAAUACAUUUUUGUCAGGAUGAACUAUCAUUGUUAGGAGCACACGUAUAGAAUUAUGACUUGUUACUCGGCUUUUACUGACAUAAUAGUAUUAUUGAA